AUGCUAUUUAAGUGCGUGUAAAAGUGUGUGUAUUAGUGCGUGUUAUCCGUGGUCCGCAGCUACCUAUACUGAAAGCAACUGUGCACAAGUCACAGACUCAUUUAUCCACCUAUCCUCUCUAUUUAUCAGCACUUAAAACUCAGAACUACCCCUCUCUCUCUCUCUCCUGGGUGCUCUCUGAUACAGUCUGUUUCAGUUCCCAUUUAAUGUUGAUCUUCCACCAUAAACAAGGCAGCUUAUUUAAGUAUGCAUAUUAAGUAUGGUUUUGAAUGCUAAUGAUUUAUUGGAAUGGAAAGAUUUUCCAAAAGGGCUUCGAGUCCUGCUUCUUGAACAAGAGACUGAUUCUGCUGCACAAACAAGAUCAAAGCUUGAGGAGAUGGAUUAUAUUGUUUCUGUAUUCUGCAACGAAACUGAAGCUUUAUCUGCCAUUUCAAACAGUACUGAUGGCUUCCAUGUUGCAAUUGUAGAGGUGAGCAACGAUAACAGCGAUAGUAGAUUCAAGUUUCUAGAGACUGCAAAGGAUUUACCCACAAUAAUGACUUCGGAUAUUCACUGCCUGAGUACUAUGAUGAAGUGCAUAGCGCUUGGUGCUGUCGAGUUCUUAAGGAAACCACUCUCAGAUGAAAAAAUUAAAAAUAUAUGGCAGCAUGUACUUCACAAGGCAUUUAGUGCUGGAGGAAAGGACAUAUCUGAGUCAGUGAAACCUUUAAGAGAAUAUGUGACCCCUUCGCCACAGCUCUGUUCAGGAAAUGGAGAAUCAAACCACCAGCUCUCUAUCAAAACAGAAUACGAGAAUCAAAAUCAGGAACAAUCAGCAGGAAGUGACAAGUACCCGGCUCCUUCAACCCCACAAAUAAAGAGAGGAGAAAGGUUACUAGAUGACGGGGAUUGCCAGGAUCAAGCUAACAUUAUAGUGGAUAAAGAUAAUAUGGAGCCAGAUGGGGAAUCUAAAUCUGUCGAUAAUACAUAUGGUGAUACAGUAGUUGAAACUACUUUUAGUAAUAUAGUAGCUGAAAGUACCGUUCAGGUGAGCCCUCGUCAAGGAUCAGGGGAUGGUGAUAUCAGACCCGAGGAUCAGUUAGCUGAUGAUUCUAAGGAUAAGAGUAAUGACUCAUCUCCUUGUCCUGAUAAAGGCACUACCGUGAAUACCAGCAUUGAGGCUAAGACUAAUAGUAAAGCAUCUCGGCUUCGUAAUGUAUGUGGGCUCAAAGCUAGUCGGAAAAAGGCAAAGGUAGACUGGACGUCUGAGCUGCACAAAAAGUUUGUGCAAGCAGUAGAGAAACUUGGGGUAGAUCAGGCAAUCCCUUCAAAAAUAUUAGAGGUGAUGAAAGUGGAGGGUUUAACUAGACAUAAUGUAGCGAGUCAUCUCCAGAAAUAUAGAAUGCAACAGCGACAUAUCUUGCCCAAGGACCGCAACUAUGUCUCGCGCAAACCUGUGAUGGUCUUUCCUUCAUAUCAAAACACAAGUUUCGUCCCAGGUGGGCAGGGUUAUCAAGGUUGGAUUCAACCUAGCCCUUAUCCACCUGGAGUCCAAAUGUGGGGCGCUCCUUGCUAUCCUGGAUGGCAAACUACAGAAAAUUGGCAAUGGACUCCAUAUCCAGCAAUGCAUGCUGAUGCAUGGGGUUGCCCUGUAAUGCCGCCACCUCCAGUUGGACCAUGCCCCCCAUUUCCUCAGAGUACACCUCAGUGUCAGAACUCUGAAUACGUGAACAUCUCCCAGAUGCCUGAUAACUUGUUUGACCUCUGUCCGGCAGAAGAAGAGGUCAUCGACAAAGUAGUAAAGGAAGCAAUAAGCAAGCCCUGGUUACCCUUGCCAUUAGGCCUGAAGCCUCCAUCCACGGAUAGUGUACUAAACGAGCUCUCUAAACAAGGCAUCUCUUCUGUCCCACCUCAUACUCAAAGGCACACAUCUCCACUGACAUAGCACCCACACAUUUGCUCGGAUCCCAGAUCCCCUGCCCGCACUUUGUGCAUGUGUGUGUCCACAGUGCACUAAUAAUUAUGUCGAUGAAGAUGCGAGAUCGUUGUUAAUGUCAGGUACUGACAGCUCCAAAGAUGAGAAAAGAAAAUAGCCAACACUACCCCAACUGAUCACAUUAGUUAUAGCUGUUAACAGUAUGUUUAUGGUGGACCUCUACUCUUUUUUUGAUAAUGGAAUAUGUGGUUUACUUGAGCUGGGCAUGCUAGUGCUGUUGUAUCAAAUGUGACAGGAUUGAACAAUGAUGAUGGUAAUGUGGGGGCUGUUUUUUGACCUCUUGUGAAUAAGAUUUAGGUGGUAACAACUUCUGCUUAA